CUCAGGAAACAAAAUGCUACUGAUGAGUGGAUACUUGUAAACAUGCAGUAACCAGAGGGGCAUCCGUUAGAGAACCAUAGUUUUCAGGUUUUAGACAUUAGGAUAUUUCUAAUGUUGUGAAUUAAACUACGAUUUUAAUGCCGACGGACUCUCCAAGUCAGUUUAAAACGCUGACAUGGCCGCAGUGGACACGAAUAAAGCCAAUCACGUUUCUUCUGAAGAGGAUAGACUACAGUUUCCAGUGACUCAUUAUGGUUCCAUUGACUGCAAGGAUGAAUAUAGCAACCCCAGAUCGACCCCGUUAACAGACAGCUGGAUAAGUGCUGAACAGGAAGAAGAAGCAUUGCGCAGGAAGUUAAAAUAUUUCUUUAUGAGCCCCUGUGAAAAGUACCAGGCCAAAGGAAGAAAACCUUUUAAACUGGUUCUGCAAAUAUUGAAGAUUUUUCUAGUAACUGUACAGCUGGUGCUUUUUGGAUUAAGCAAUGAGAUGGUGGUGACGUUUAAGGAGGAGAACACAGCCUCGUUUAAACACAUCUUCCUCAAAGACUAUGAUGAUUCAGAUGACGUGCUUGCGGUUUACAGGCAGAGUGAUGUUUAUGAUCAUAUAUUCUACACAGUAGAACAGUAUCUGGCUUUGCCGGAGACGACAGUGGGUCGCUAUGCGUAUGUUUACGGUGUUGGUGUGAAUGGGAGCGCGCUCUCUCUGUGUCAACAGUAUUAUAAAAAGGGCCGGAUUGACCCAGCUAAUGACACCUUCAUCAUUGACCCACAUGUGGUCACAGACUGUAUUGGUGUGAACCCUUUGUCCAGUCCCACAGCAGGUCUGGGUGGUGAUUACAGGAAUUUCACCCUCAAGUUUCAAAAGCUCAUUAAUGUCACCAUACAGUUUCAGCUGAAGGCCAUAAAUCUUCAGACCAUCAUACACAAUGAAAUUCCAGACUGUUACACUUUCUUCAUCAUGAUUUUGCUGGAUAACAAAGCCCACAGUGGUAAAGUUAAGAUCAGUCUGGAUAAUCAGGCCUCCAUUAAGGAAUGUACAGACCCAAGUGUGUCUGGACAAGCUGAAAGCUAUUUUCGUGUGUGGUUUGAUGGGGUGGUUGCAGUUGUGUGUGCUCUUUCUCUGGUCCUCUGUGGUCGCUCUAUCAUCAGAGGCAUUAUCCUUCAAAAUGAGUAUUUGAAGUUCUUUAAGAGCUCUCUGAAACGUGCUGUCCAUUGGGGAGACAGAAUGGAGUUUAUUAAUGGAUGGUAUAUUCUGCUCAUCAUUAGUGAUGUGCUCACUAUCACGGGCUCCAUCAUCAAGAUCGGCAUUGAGCAAAAGAGACUCUCAUCCUACGAUGAAUGUGGGAUCCUCUUGGGCACAUCGACGUUAUUGGUUUGGGUUGGAGUUAUUCGCUACCUCACCUUCUUUCAGAAAUACAAUAUUCUCAUUGUCACAUUACGAGUUGCAUUCCCCAAUGUGAUCCGCUUUUGUUGCUGUGUAGCGGUGAUCUACUUCGGCUAUUGCUUCUGUGGGUGGAUUGUGCUUGGACCCUAUCAUGUUAAGUUCCGCUCUCUGUCGCUGGUGUCCGAGUGUCUGUUCUCUCUGAUCAAUGGAGAUGACAUGUUUGUGACCUUCAGUGGCAUGCAAGAAAGCAGCAUACUCGUUUGGGUCUUCAGUCAGGUUUACUUGUACACGUUCAUCUCUCUUUUUAUUUACAUGGUGCUCUCACUCUUUAUCGCGCUCAUCACUGGAGCUUAUGAGACCAUCAAGCAUCAAAUUCAGGAACCCAUCCAUAUUACUGACCUGCAUGCAUUCAUCGCUGAGUGCACGGACACGGCUUGCUCUGGAAAGUUCCGUGGAAUUGAGACCUCCCCGUGCUCUAUCUUCUGCUGUUGUGACAGAACAACCACAUAUGAGGACAUCCUCCUUAUCAACUAAUGAAGUCAUGAGGCUUGAAGCCUGACAACACCUUCCUCUGCUCGUCACAUUGCAGUACUGCAACAGGACUGAAGUCAAUGGUAAAAUGAGGAAAGCUCCAGACAAAGGACCCAAGAAGUCACAGCCACUUAACUUUGGGCCUUAAGUGGAGGAGCACAUAUAAGAUUUUAGUUAAACCACAAUCUGAAACAUUUUAGUUUUACCUUUAACUUGUUUUUAGUUUUAUUUCAACUUGUUUUUAGUUUCAUUUCAACUUAAAUCCAGAGUUUGCUUGAUGCCCCAGUACUCUUUUAAUGUAUGCUGGAAAUACUACAGGAUAGAGAGUAGAAGAAACUGCACACAGGCAAAUGUUGUGUAUAGUAUAAUUCCCUAAAUAUUGAUUUCACAAGUCCAUUCAGUGUAUGUGUGCAGUAGUGUGCAAGUGGGUCAUAACUCACAAAUACUCAGAGAGAGACACUGCUGUGCGAGUGGUCAAAGAAACAUAGCUAUUGCUGCUCAUUCUCUUUUACAUGUUUGCUAAAUGUCAAGUGAAUUGUAACUAACAUCUAGUCAUGUGUAAUGUCUGCAUCUCACAUAAAUCAGAUGUUUGUAGCAGAGACCGAAUUGCUUUUGGCUUGCCAAAGCAUUUAUCAGGUGUAAAACUUUAGGUAUUUUGGGUAAAGUUUAGGCAUUAUGGCUGGUUCCAGGCAUGGGUAAUGCAAAUACCGAACCAUGCACAAAUUACAUGAUUCAAACAUCUUGGGAAAUGUUGCAUAUUUUUCAGCACUUGAGAAAACUAGCUCUCCCUGGAGUCAUUCAUAAGAGUUGUUUUCUUAUAGUGACCCUUAUGGUACCCUUAUUUAUGAUAAAAAUGUAUGUUCUGCAAAUAUAUGCCUCAAAACUGGAAUUUUUAAUGUUAAUGCCUUUAUAAUAUCAUGAUGUCUUAGAUGGCUUUAAUUUGAAGUGUAAUUAAUACCUCAUUGUUGGAUGUGAUGUGAUGUUAAGUAUGAUGAUAUUCAUGUUUUUGUGAACUUUUGAUACAAGUACAGAGGAAUUUUAAGUGAAUUUUAGGCAGAUUGAUGCAUUGUAUUACAGCUAUAAACCAGUGUAAUCGAAUCACUCACUUUGCACACAAUAAUGUUGUUUUAUAAAUGACAUUAGAGAUGUAAAUAUUUCAUUAAGAAUACAAAAUGUACAAUGUCCCAUCUUUUUUAGCUUUAUUUUAAAAUGUUAUGCAUUUGUGUUGAUCCAAGGACACUGGGAUAAGAUUAAGGUUAUUGUGCUCAUAUUAGAACAAUAGAGCUAAUCAAAGGAAUAUUCCAGGAUCAAUUAAAGUUAAGCUCAAUUGACAGCAUUUGUGGAAAAUUAUUGAUUACCACAAACAUUAAAUUUUACUUACCCCUUCUUUUCUUUAAAAUAAAGCAAAAAUCUGGGUUCCAGUGAGGCACUUACAAUUGAAGUGAAUGGGGGCCAAUCCGUAUAGAAGUAUAGCCACAAGACGUAAACAAAAUAUGUUAACUUGAUUUUAGUGUGAUAAAAUCACUUACUAAUUAAGUGAUUAGUGACUUUUUCUGUGUAAACUUUGUUGCCAUGAUGAUUUAAUGUCAACAAACCCUAAAAUGGCUGUAAACAUUAUUUAAACAACUUCGCGCAAAUACGGUUUUAACUAAAUAAUUUGUGUAAUUGCUUUUAUAAAAUGAUAAGCUUCACAUUUCUGCCUUUAAACCCUCCAAAAAAUUGGCCCCAUUCACUUCCAUUUUAAGUGCCUCAGUGAAGGUUUUUUUAUUUAUUUUUAUUCAAAAUAAUAUUUUGUGAUAAUCAACAUUAUGCCACAAAUGCUGUUGAUUGAGCUUAACUUGUAUUGAACCAGGAAUGUUCCUUUAAGAAUAAAUUCAUUCAAAGUGCUUGACCCAUAUAAUGGGUAUAGCAUCACUUAAGGGGACAAACAAGCCUAAUUUUAUGUUUUAUAUUAUACUUGACUGAAAAGAGAAGUGUAUUGAUGAUUAUUUAAAUUCUGGGGCUUGAUGCAAGCCAUUUACACAACUACAGACCAAGUGGGACCAGUCAUGUUAAGUAAUGUUGAGAUCUCUUUGGUCAUAUAACAUGUUUUUAUUGUUAUUAUAAUUAAUUUCACUGUGUUGUUUUGAUAUAUAAUUCAGUCAUGUUCUAGAGUAAUGUUUUAUUUACACUGAUCAGCCACAACAUUAAAACCACAGACAGGUGAAGUGAAUAACAUUUAUUAUCUUGUUACAAUCGCACCUGUCAAGGGGUGGAAUAUAUUAAGCAGCAAGUGAACAGUCAGUUCUUGAAUUUCAUGUGUUGGAAGCAGGAAAAAUGGGCAGGCGUAAGGAUCUGAGCUACUUUGUCAAGGGCCAAAUUGUGAUUGCUCGAUGACUGGGUCAGAGCAUCUCCAAAACGGCAGGUCUUGUGUGGUGUUCCAGGUAUUCAUUGGUUAGUACCUACCAAAAGUGGUCCAAGGAAGGACAACCAGUGAACCGGCAACAGGAUCAUGGAUGCCCAUGGCUCACUGAUGCAUGCGUGGGGAGUGAAGGCUAGCCUGUCUGGUCUGAUCCACAGAAGAGCUACUGUAGCACAAAUUGCUGAAAAACUUAAUGCUGGUCAUGAUAGAAAGGUGUCAGAACACACAGUAAAUCGCAGCUUGCUGUUUAUGGGGCUGCAUAGCCACAGACUGGUCAGAGGGCCCAUGUUGACCCCUGUACGCCAGCAGUGUGUGCAUCGUGUACCUGAGGAAGAGAUGGCUGUAGGAUGCACCAUGGGAAGAAGGCAGGCCGUUGGAGACUGUGAUGCUCUGGGCAAUGUUCUGCUGGGAAACCUUGGGUCCUGGCAUUAAUGUGGAUGUUACUUUUACACAUACCACCUACUGUACCUAAAUAUUGUUGCAGGCCACAUACACCCCUUCAUAGCAACGGUAUUCCCUGAUGGCAGUGGCCUCUUUCAGCAGGAUAAUGCUGCAAAAAUUGUUCAGGAAUGGUUUGAGGAACAUGACAAAGAGUUCAAGGUGUUGAGUUGGCCUACAAAUUCCCCAGAUCUCAAUCCGAUUGAGCAUCUAUGGGAUGUGCUGGACAAACAAGUCCAAUACAUGGAGGCCUCACCUCUCAACUUGCAGAACUUUAAGGAUCUGCUGCUAAUGUCUUGGUGCCAGAUACCACAGGAAACCUUCCAGGGUCUUGUGGAGUCCGUGCAUUGAUGGGUCAGUGCUGUUUUGGUGGCAUGAGGGGGACCUACACGAUGUUAGACAGGUGGUUUUUAAUUUUGUGGCUGAUUGGUGUAUAUUGUGUUGUCUCUUGCUUUUCUGUUGUGAAUUCAUUUAAAGCACACAAUCAGUAAACGGAGCACACUUUCUAAAACCUUUAAGACUUUCUUGUACUAACAGAGGAAGCUAAACAAAUUGUUAAAAAUAUGCCACAUUAUCACACUCAGGGCUGAUGGUGCAUGUUAACCAAAUCACUAUUUCAGAUGUGCAUCUGAUUUAUUUCAUUAAUGGUAAGUGAAACUGCUAAAAAGAACCUAUUCUAAUACUUUUUGUUAACCAAGGUAGUGAAAUGUUGUACAAGAAUGUACUGUUUACUAUUUAGACCUUAAAAUUGGAGGAUUUUUCUGAUCUUGUCUGUUUGUUUGUUUUUAUCUUUUUGAAUAGUGUCAUUGCACAUUUUUCUGAAUCUAUCAGUCAUGUUUUAUAACACCAUUUUGAUAUGUAUUAGGUUAUUCAAUAGAGAGAUUUUCUAAAGCCUUUUUUGGUUAUUGUUCCAGAAUAGAAUAAAUUGACUUUUUUUACAUGCAAUUACACUGCCUGGCCAAAAACAAAAGACAUGCUCUAAUAUUUUGCUAGACUGCCUUUAGCUUUAUUGUGCACAUUUGUUGUGGCAUUGUUUAGACAACCUUAUGCAAUGUCACAACAUUUAUUUCCAUCCAGAGUUGCAUUCAUUUUUGGCCGAGAUCUUGUAUUGAUGACGGGAGAGUUGAACCACUCCGUAAAGUCUUCUCCAGCUCAUCCCAAAGACUUUAAAUGGGCUUACGGUUAGGACUCUGUGGUCUGUGGCCAAUUCAUGUGUGAAAAUGAUUCCUCAUGCUCCCUGAACCACUCUUUUUCACACAAUUUGAGCCAGGUGAAUCUUGGCAUUGUCGUACUGGAAUAUGCUUGUGCCGUCAGAGAAGAAAAAAUCCAUUGAUUGGGAUAACCUGGUCAAUCAGUACAUUCAGGUAGUCAGCUGACUUCAUUUUAUUGCUGCAUAAAGUUGCUGUGCCUUGAGCUGACCAAUUGAAGUAACCCCAGAUCAUAACAAUG